GCGCGUGCAACUAUGCGUUUAAUUUGGAUUUGCCGCAAAGAGAGAAAGAGAGAAGAAGAGGAUGAUGCGUGUCGCGAAAACGAGGGGUACGCGCCCCACGAGAUAGAGACCCGGGAGCGCGUACUUUUUAUAGGUGUGCGUACACACGCAAUAUAUAUAGCGAGGAGUUCGUCCUUCGGAAGGUUUAGUGAAACAUUCGGGAUGACGAGCGAAGCACGGAUGAGGAACACGGAUUUCAGCAUAUCCCGUAUACUGUCGGACGAUCGCGGUUGCUCGCCGAAGACGCGGGCGGAUCGGGAGCGGAGGAGCGUCGAGCUGGACGAGAGUCCCGCGCGAAAGUCGCGCGUCCGCUUCCCGGAUCACUCGGGAGCGAACGAGGAACGAGAAGCGUCGCGAUGCGAGGGAGAGACGCGACGCGAGGAAUGCACCGAUCGUGUCGUCCCAGGCGAGAUGACGGAUCCUUUCGUCGUCGGCGCGACGCAACGGGACAGCGAGAUACGAAGAGCCGAUCUCACGUGGCUCCAGUACACCCGGUACAGACCGCCGAAAUUACCCAGGAGGUCCUACGUCGAGAGGCGAACCAAGCGGCGAAUGGACGAUCGUCCCCGCAUCCCAUUCUCCUCGUCGCAGCUGCAGGUGUUGGAGGACAGGUACAGGAGGAGCGCCUACCUGUCCAGAAACGACGUCGUCGAGAUGUCCGCGAUGUUGAGACUGCCGCAGAGCAAAAUAAAGAUCUGGUUUCAAAAUCGUCGAGCGAGACAAAGACGCGAAUCGCUGAAUUCCACGAUAGUGGCGCGAUGACAGGACAAUAUAGAAUAAAGCUCUGCAACGGUUUCAAGGUUCAAAGUCGUGGAGGAUUUUCGUCGAGGACGUAGGAUUUGAAUCCGAAUUAUAUUUCAAACGAUUCGACUUUUCAUAUUGCAACUAUUUAUUUUAUGCAUUCUUGAUUUUUGUACAAAUACAGAUUUAUAAAUAUAUUUAAUGUAUGUAAAAUAAUGUACAGACCAAUUUUGUUUAGUGCGACAAGAAGCGAGGCUAACAUUAUGCUUUAAGAGGAUGCCGGAUACCGACAGAAUGCGAAU